AUGGCUUCAUUGAUUGCUCAACUCGUCUCACCUCCAAACAAUGGCUACAAGAUAUGGGAAGAUCCUUCUUUCAUCAAGUGGAGGAAGAGAGAUUCUCAUGUUCCAUUGCACUGCCAUGAAUCUGUUGAAGGAUCACUGAAGUAUUGGUAUGAGCGGAACAAAGUCGAUCUUUUGGUAUCGAAAGAAGCUGUUUGGGAUGAUAAUGCGAUUGCCAAGGCGCUUGAUUGUGCUGCAUAUUGGGUUAAGGACUUGCCUUUUGUAAAGUCUUUGUCUGGACGCUGGAAAUUCUUUCUGGCCUCCAGCCCCGGUAAUGCCCCGGCGCAAUUCCAUGACAGUUCAUUUCAAGAUUCUUCAUGGGCUACUAUACCAGUUCCCUCGAAUUGGCAGAUGCAUGGAUUUGAUCGGCCAAUAUAUACAAAUAUUGUAUACCCAUUUCCACUUAAUCCACCUAAAGUUCCAGAAGAUAAUCCCACUGGCUGCUACAGAACUUUGUUUAACCUUCCAAAAGAAUGGGAAGAUCGAAGAAUAUUUUUACAUUUUGAAGCAGUCGAUUCUGCUUUCUUUUUAUGGGUCAAUGGACACCCCACUGGAUACAGUCAAGAUAGCCGACUGCCAGCCGAAUUUGAGAUCACGGAUUUUUGCCAUCCAUGUGGAUCGGACAAGAGCAAUUGCCUGGCUGUUCAAGUAAUGAGAUGGUCUGAUGGUUCCUACCUGGAAGAUCAGGACCAUUGGUGGUUGUCGGGCAUCCACCGUGAUGUUCUUCUUCUUGCUAAACCCAAGGUAUUUAUCGCAGAUUAUUUUUUCAAAUCAAGCUUGGCGGAAGAUUUUUCAAGUGCAGAUAUACAGGUUGAGGUGAAAAUUGACUUCUCAGCCAUGAACAUUGACAACUCUGUGGAAAGCGGGAGCUGGUUCAAAAUAGCUGAAGACAAGUUCUUAGCAAGCUUCACCAUUGAAGCUGAAAUUUUUGACACAGUGAGUCAGCAUACAAGCAAUGAGCAUGCCAAUCUUCUGUCCACAAGCGUGAUUCGUCUACAGCCUACGAAAUCUGUUGAUUAUUGUCUUGGAUUCAUUGGAUAUCAGCUUCUGGGUAAACUGCAGAUGCCCAAGCUGUGGUCGGCUGAGCGGCCAAAUCUCUACACACUUGUUGUCACCCUUAAAGACUCAUCCGGGAGUACACUCGACUGCGAGUCUUGCCAGGUUGGUAUACGCCAAAUAACAAAAGCCCCUAAGCAACUGCUUGUAAAUGGACAGCCCGUGAUGAUAAGAGGGGUGAACAGGCACGAGCACCAUCCCCGUCUUGGUAAGACAAACUUGGAGUCCUGCAUGGUUCAGGACUUGGUUUUGAUGAAGCAACAUAAUAUCAAUGCCGUCAGGAACAGCCAUUACCCUCAGCACCAACGUUGGUACGAGUUAUGUGACCUGUUUGGCAUGUACAUGAUUGACGAAGCCAAUAUUGAGACGCACGGGUUUCAUCUUUGCUCAAACGUGAGGCAUCCCACAAGUGAGCCGGUUUGGGCUUCGGCUAUGCUGGACCGGGUUGUUGGGAUGGUUGACAGGGACAAGAAUCAUACGUGCAUAAUUUCUUGGUCUUUGGGGAAUGAGGCAAGUUAUGGGCCUAAUCAUGGUGCACUUGCAGGCUGGAUACGUGAAAAGGAUUCAACUAGGGUUAUACACUAUGAAGGCGGGGGAUCCAGAACAUCUUCAACAGAUAUUGUAUGCCCCAUGUAUAUGCGUGUUUGGGACAUAGUCAAGAUAGCUGAAGAUCCAGCUGAACUACGCCCCCUGAUAUUAUGCGAGUACUCACAUUCAAUGGGGAACAGCAAUGGAAAUAUUCACAAGUAUUGGGAAGCAAUUGAUAACAAAUUUGGUCUGCAGGGAGGUUUCAUCUGGGAUUGGGUUGAUCAGGGGUUAUUGAAGGAGGGAAAAGAUGGUACUAUGCAUUGGGUAUAUGGAGGUGAUUUUGGGGAUGCCCCUAAUGACCUUAACUUUUGCCUCAAUGGACUUGUAUGGCCUGACCGAAGUCCUCAUCCUGGUCUUCAUGAGGUGAAGUUUGUAUACCAACCAAUCAAAGUGUCGCUGAAAGAAGGAAUACUUAAGAUUAUGAACACACAUUUUUUUAGCUCAACUGAAGGAUUAGCUUUCCACUGGACGUUGCAUGCUGAUGGACAUGAGCUGGGUUCCGCAGUCCUUAGCCUACAAUCUUUAGAACCUCAGAAAAGUUACGACAUCAAAUGGGACGCUGGCCCGUGGCAUGAGCUGUUUUGUGCUUCGAAUGCAAUAGAAAUAUUUUUGACAUUGACUGUAAAACUUUCGGGUGCAACUCGUUGGGCUGAAGCUGGCCAUAUAGUUUCAUCCGCACAAGUCCAGCUGCCCUCCAAGCAUGAAACCAUUCAUCGUAUCAAUGAAGCUGAGUGUGCAACUUUUGCUACUGAGAUUAACAAUGAUUUUAUUGAAGUUAAGAACCAGAACCUGUGGGAGAUCAAGUUUAACAGAAAAACUGGAGCUAUUGAUAGCUGGAAGGUGUCUGGUGUCCCAGUUAUGAGCAAAGGCAUACUGCCAUGCUUUUGGAGAGCCCCCACGGAUAACGACAAGGGAGGCGAGUCCCAAAGUUACCUCUCAAGAUGGAAAAAAGCAAAACUGAACAAUCUGACUUUCACAACCGAGAGCUGCACGGUCCAAACAGUGUCGGACAAUCUAGUGAAAUUACAUGUUGCCUAUGUCGGUGUGCCAGCUGGCGUGGAUAACAAAUACCCAUCUCUCUUGAAAGCGGAUUUUACCUACUCGAUUUACGGCUCUGGGGACGUCAUCCUGGAAUGUGCGGUAAAACCAGUGGAUCUUGAUUUACCACCUUUGCCUCGGGUGGGGAUUGAGUUCCAGCUGGAGAAAUCAAAGGAUCAGGUUGAGUGGUAUGGGAGAGGACCUUUUGAGUGCUAUCCUGACCGUAAAGCUGCUGCUCAUGUUGGGGUGUAUGGGCAAGACGUGAGGGGCUUGCAUGUGCCAUACAUUGUUCCGGGUGAGUGCUCGGGCAGGGCGGAUGUGAGGUGGGUUACGUUUAGUGACAAGGAUGGGUUUGGUAUUUUUGCCUCUAUAUAUGGAGGGUCGCCGCCUAUGCAGAUGAACGCCAGUUUUUAUGGCACGGCCGAGCUUGAGCGGGCAACCCAUGCCGAGGAGCUUGUCCAAGGCCAAAACAUCGAGGUGCAUCUUGAUCACAAGCACAUGGGUAUAGGCGGAGAUGACAGCUGGUCUCCUUGUGUUCAUGACGAAUAUCUUGUGCCUGCCGUGCCUUACUCUUUCAGCGUCAGAUUAGCGCCCCUAACUGCUUCCACCUCAGCUCCUUCAAUUUACGAAUCCCAGCUACAUAAAUAA